AUGUCAGUCACAUCGCCUUCAGUUCACGAUAAAAAUGACAAACUGUGGUUGCAGUGUCAGUUUCAUGAUGACGAACAAACAUCUAUUAAAAAGCCGGAUGAGUUAGGUAUUACUCGACACGAUUUUGCCCCAAGGACAAAUGAAGCGAUUGAUGUAUUGGAUCGUAUACAAGGUUCAAUGUUUGGUUUAACUGUUGGUGAUGCUCUUGGUGCUCAUGUUGAAUUCAGACCUUACAGUUUUAUGAUUUCCAAUCCAGUAAAGGAUCUAGAAGGAGGAGGAACAUGGGGCCUACAGCCUGGGCAGUUCACCGAUGAUACAUCAAUGGCAAUUUGUUUAGCCAAUUCGCUGAUUGGCUGCCGAGGUUUUGUUCCCUACGAUCAAUUAGUUCGCUACAAAUGGUGGUAUCGACAUGGUUACAUGUCAUCGACUGGUCAUUGCUUUGAUAUCGGUGCAGCUACUCGAGAUUCUAUUCAAGAAUUUGAAAAGCGCCAAAAAAGAUUCGCACAUGAUAAUGAUAUUCUUUUAGAGCACAUAGACUCUGUGUCAGAUCUUGAUCUUCUUCGAGCAUUCGACGUGCAGUGUAGUAGAGUGGGUGUGGCCGGCAAUGGAGCCUUGAUGCGUCUCGCACCUGUACCACUUUUCUUUUUUCGACGACCGGAAAUGGCGGUUGAAUAUUCAGGUAUUAGCGGUCAAAUUACUCAUGGAGAUGAGAAAGCCUAUGAUGCAUGUUGCUAUUACGGAGCUCUAAUUGUGGCUGCUCUUCAAGGCGCACAAAAAGAUGCUUUGCUCAGCGAUAGAUUUUACGAGAAUCAUCGUGAUUGGUUCGGUGAUCGGGCCCUUCAGCCUGAAGUUAUGGCGAUUGCUAAAGGAUCAUAUAAGAGACCAGGUGGCUAUCUAGAUGGAAUUCGAGGUAAAGGUUAUAUUGUUAGUGCUCUCGAGGCGGCGUUGUGGGCUUUUUGGAGUGAUAAAGGUUCGUUCGAAACCGGUGUUCUUAGCGCAGUUAAUCUUGGGGAUGACACAGAUACGACAGCAGCUAUCUACGGUCAGUUAGCAGGUGCUCAUUAUGGUUACAAAAAGUUGCCAGAUAAAUGGCUACAACGUGUCUACGCAAAAGAGUUUAUUAUGUGUAUAAGUAGCUGGAUCAAUUACGAAGGGUAUAUAUGGUUUAUAAAUCAGGCUACCCCAGACAUAAAAGAAUUAAUCAAUUCUGCGCGUCGUAAUUCUAUCCCUUCGAAAUCAAUUGUUUCGACUGUAUACACGAGUGACUCACUGCUUGAUAGAAAUAUUUCAUUGACAAAAGAUACUACAUCGAAUAUUAUUAUACGCAAGGCAAUUGGUUCUCGAGGUAAUAUUGGAGAUUUGUAUGAUGGAUGGAACGAUCGUAUUUUAACAUCAUCGAGUUUUAAUUUAAGCGUAAAUUCAGAAAAAUUCUAUCCAUCAUUGAUAUGUAGAGUGAUAAGUGGUGAAAAAUUGGAAAAUCAAAAUAUUCUUCGAUUCAUUGAUUGCCCUGUUGAAUCUCGAUUAAGUAUUUUAUCGAAUUUAAUGUUGCCUUCAGGUAUUACUUCAGUGAUCAAUUAUCCAUUUGUGAUUGAUGAAUGCACUCGUAUCUUCUAUUAUUCCUAUCUUGUUCGAAAAAAAACAUCACUUGGCGAGCACAGUAUUCAAAAACAAGAGAUAGCUACAACUUCUGCCACGCAUGUAAUCGGCGCCAUAGAUUAUGGCAUUGACGUUGUCGUUGUAAUGGAAUUACCGCCUGAUGAUCCCAAGACAAUCGAUGCUAGCCUUAAUCAAAUAUGUGAAUGUUUGAAAAAUAAGAACGAGUUGAAUAUUGAUAGAAAUGCACUGGAUCGAAUUCUUUCUACGCAUGUCUAUUCGAACAGAUCUAAUUUAGAAAAUCAGAGAACAGUAUUUCAUGUGUAUCAAGAAAUUCUCAAAAUGAAAAAACGUCAUGACACUGAGCAACACUGCAGCUACAUUCUUUAUCCUAUCAAUAUAUUUAUUUCCUAUCAAAAUCAACACAAAAUCAUAUACGCGCCGAUUGCACCGAGCAUUGCAAGAAGGGUUGAAGAGCAUUGGCUUCGGCUGUUGUCUAUCGAGAAAAUGCAGCAAACAUUUCAAAAAAAUACGAAAUCGGAUAUUCCAAAAACCGAUCUCAAGGAGAAGUUCGAAGAUGUGUGCAAGAAAUUCUCAACAUUAACAAAACAAUACGAUGAGGAAAAGAAGAAAAGUCGAGAGUUAAUUUCAAGAAUCCGCCAGGGUAAAGAGCCGUCAGAAGCUCUAGAACGCCACUUGAAGAUUAUGGAAGAAGAAACGAAAUUGAAACACACUAUCGAUGAUUUAAAACAUGAACUGAGAACUUUGGAAGAGAAACAGAAUUUUAUCAAGGAUUUAAAAGAAAAAGGAUUCGAUUAUUGGGAUGCUGCUAAAUUUAAUAUAAAACAGGGCGAAACUGACGACAUGAUCCAACGCAAACUUUUGAAAGAACAACGACAACAGCGCUUAGUGUGCUCCAACGACAAUUUGAAUGAAACCAAUUGGCCAGAAUUUCAAAAUAUAUGCACAUAUAUGAUCAAUGAACGCAUGACAAACCCAAAAUUACAUAUAGUUUACGUUGAUUUCACCUAUUGUCCACUUCAGCUGGAUAUGUUUAAAAUAUUCCCUUCAUGGAACUAUAAUUCGAUUAGUAGUGUGCGAAAUUCUUUCAUAGACACACCAAAAAAGGGCGACUCUCAAAUAGUGAUGCCUUGCGCCAAAACGAUGAUCAAUGUCAUCUUCAUUGGUAAAUCAGGGGUUGGAAAAUCGACACUAAUUAAUACAAUCUCCAACUGUCAGCAAUACUCAGAACUUUCAGAAAUUCGAUCGAGGAACAAUGCUCUACGUAUACUUGUUUCGUUCGUUGUUCAGAUAGAAACUGCUUUCGAACAUCAUAUCAUUCAACUCGGAGAUAACGAUCGUAAUGAAGAUUAUAAUUGUUCUGAUCAAUCCAGAACUCAGCGUUGCAAAUCAUACACAUUCAAUCUUAAACAUGGACAACAGUUACGUAUUAUUGAUACACCUGGCUUUUCUCAUCUGCAAGAUCAAGCUGGCAACGAUAUAAAUAUGCAACAUGUACUAUCCUAUAUCUCGAACCUAACACAUGUGAAUGCUAUCUGUGUUGUUAUGGAUUCAAAAGACUCAGAAUUCGCUGCCUAUCAGAUUUAUCUGAAACAACUGUUGGAUUUUAUCGGAAAAGAAGCACAUGGGAAACUUGUCUUUUGUUUUACCAAAUCUCUUUCCGCGUCUCAAGAUGACAAUCGCAGGAAGACCUAUGCUCAAUCGUUACUCCAAUCAUUUUCACGGGACAAACUCUACGUGCAACCCGAGCGCAUAAUUCUUUUUGAUAGUACCUUCUUUCUUUAUUUGGCCUCAAAACCUUGGCGCGAUCGUGUUGAACCGAAAUGUGAGCAGAGUUGGUCGAUAUCAAAAAGAGGAGUAUAUCAACUUCUGAGGUAUCUUCAUAACGACGAUUCUCCAUAUAUUCUCUAUCAAGGAAUGCAACAAUUAGAAUACGCGCGACACGAAAUUAUACGAAUGAUUCGUCCGAUAACGGAAGCAAUGCAACUUAUUUUUCGAAAUAUUAUUUUGCACCAAUAUGGAUCCUCGUGUAAUUGGAUCGAACUAUUUCCAAAACCAAUUCAGCAACCUUGCGCUAUAUGUUACUCAUGUCCACGUGAUAUUCAGCUCCAUGGUAACUUCUGGAUUGUCCAUCAUUCUCUGUACGAAUAUCGUGGCAAAUGUGAAUAUUGUAGUUGUCGUUCGAGCCAGCAUCUCCCAGUCGAUUAUCAACUUGAUUAUCAUCUUGUUGAUAAAAUGAACUAUCAGCAAGAUCAGCUCAUCAAUUGGGAUCGACAACUAUUUUCAGCAAGCAUGCAUUUCGCUCAUUUUUUGAUACAUAUACUUCAUGACUGGCGAGAUGAUUCAUUCUUGACUAGUUAUGAUCGAAUGAUAGCAGAAGAGAGUUACAUUUGUGAUACGAGACAUGGCAAUAGGUUCAAUGCGCAGUUAUAUAAACAACUUCGAAAACUCAGAGCUGAGCAUCAGAAAGCUGUAGACGAUAUGGUCAGACAUCGCAGACGCAAUGAUCUAGAGAUUAUUAACAAAUGGAUUGAACAUAUCAAGGAUAUUCCUAUGAUAAAAAGACAAAUGAAUGCCAUUCACGGAAUCCGAGAAACUCCUGUAUAA